UUUUCUCUGAGCCGUUUACAAACUAACUGGGUGAAAGGUUACGGGAUCAGAUCCCAGUUCAGUCAAAUCAAAUAUAGAUGCAGUCAGUAACACUGCACUUAGUCCACCCUGUAAUAACAAUAACAUCUCUGGGAGUCAUCAGCAGCUAUUUACGCCUUUCUUCUUGAUUCCUUACGCCUUCCUGACUUCUCUAGGUGUCAUAAUAAUGGAAAAUCAGGUGUUCGAAUCUGUGGCAGAGAGAACGUUCCAGUAUCAGUCCACGCUACCACCGCUGCCCGUACCGUCCCUGGAGGAAAGUCUCGACAAAUACCUGGACGCAGUGAAGCCAUUUGCUUCCAAGCUUGAGUUUCGCAACACAGCAGCCAUCGUGAAGCGCUUUGUCGAGGGAAUCGGGCAGCAUCUUCACCAACGACUCUUACAGCGAGCCAAGAGCCGGCGCAACUGGCUGGAGGAAUGGUGGCUGGACACGGCGUAUUUGGAGGUUCGAGUGCCGUCUCAGCUCUUUGUGAAUUUCGGAGGUCCGGGGCCGUACCUGGAGCACUGCUGGCCACCGUGUGAGGGGACGCAGUUGGAGAGGACAAGUUUUGCGACAUGGCUCACGCUUCAGUACUGGGACCUCAUCCGCACGGAGAAGUUGGCCGUCCAUAAAGCACGGGACAUGCCAUUUGACAUGGAUCAGUUACGCAUGCUCUUCUGUACCUGCAAAGUACCUGGAAUUAACAAGGACACCAUUCUUAACUACUUCAAGACAGAAAGCGAAGGCCCGUGUCCCUCUCACCUCAUAGUGAUGUGUCGUGGGAGAUUCUUCACCUUUGAUGCUCUCUGUGAUGGACGUCUCCUCACUCCUCCUGAAAUACUGAGGCAGCUGACCUACAUUAAAGAGAGCUGUGAUGGGGUGGUAUGGGGUGACGGAGUGGCUGCUUUGACCAGUGAAGAGAGGACGAAAUGGGCUAAGGCACGAGAGCAUCUGAUCUCACUCGAUCCUGUCAAUAAGACCAUACUGGAGACCAUCCAGAGCUCGCUGUUUGUUAUCUCGCUGGACGACGCCAAGCCAUAUUCGACCCCUGACAAUUACAGCUCGAUGACCCUGUUGGCUCUGACGGGAGACCCCACUAUCCGCUGGGGUGAUAAAUCCUACAACUUUAUCGGCUUCGCCGAUGGCACCUUCGGCUCAAACUGUGAUCAUGCACCCUAUGAUGCCAUGGUCUUGGUGUCUCUGUGUCACUAUAUAGACCAAAAAGUGAAGGCCUUCGGUGGAAAAUGGAAGGGUUCAGAAAUGGUUCGAGACCUUCCUGAUCCAGAAGAGCUUGUGUUCACUGUAGAUGAAAAAGCCAGAACUGACAUUAAACAGGCUAAAGAGCAGUACAGCAAAAGUACUCAGGAUCUGCAGGUCGUCGCUUAUGCCUUCACCUCUUUUGGGAAGGCCGCGAUCAAGACGAAGAAACUUCACCCGGAUACGUUUGUACAGCUGGCCAUGCAGUUAGCGUACUACAGGCAACAUGGAAAACCCGGGAGUUGUUACGAGACCGCCACCACACGCCGUUUCUAUCACGGCCGCACCGAGACUAUGAGGCCGUGCACGGUAGAAGCCCUAAACUGGUGCAAAGUCAUGCUGAAUCCGUUGGCGACUACUGAAGAGAAAAGAAAGGCACUGCUUCAUGCUUUCAAGAAACACGACAGGCUGAUGGAUGAGGCUCAGAAAGGAAAAGGCUUUGACCGACAUCUUUUGGGCCUGUACUUAAUCGCCAAGGAGGAAGGACUUCCUGUUCCUGAGCUUUACUCAGAUCCUCUCUACAUUAAAAGCGGCGGAGGAGGAAAUUUCGUCCUUUCCUCCAGCCUUGUCGGCUACACGUCUGUCCUGGGUGCCGUCGCUCCCAUGGUGCACCACGGCUAUGGCUUUUUUUACCGUAUCCGUGAUGACAGGAUUGUUGCUGCCUGUACAGCCUGGAAAUCCUGCCCAGAGACAGACGCUGAGACGUUCUUUCAGAACUUGUGCACGUCCUUCCAUGAUAUCAUGCGGGUCUCGACCUUGUCCCACCUGUAGUACGAAGCUGUCUGAGAAAUCCUUUUAUUAGGUUUGAACUUUAUGUAGCUAGGCUAGUACUGAUAAAGUGCCUUUAGGUGAAUUAUACCUCAGGCUUCCACACGAUACCAUAUGAUUCAGAUUCAUACGCGAACAAUUCCGUAUCUGAUUCUGUGAUAUGAUUCAGUUCAUUAGCCUUUCAUCGAUAUGCGACCAAUUCGCAAAAAUAAAUGACGUAGGAUACAUAUAACAUGAGUUUCUACAUCAGUUUAUAAACCUCAGUCCAAAUCAUCAAGGAAUUAAAAACAAUGUAAAAGGUAAAAUAUGAUUUUUGACCAAAGGCACUUGUAAUAUUUUUCCUUAUUUUGGUCCUUUAGUUUUUUUUUGAAGAACACCUCGAUCUCUCGAUGCUUUGAUAAAUCUCUGCGUAUGUUACAGAUCAGGAUGAUUUGUAGUUCUCUUACUGGAGUAAUGCAGAGAGCAUUUAGUAAAUGCACAGAAGCUGUUCUGAGUAAAAUUACGACUAGUUCUGUGUUGAAAUGACUUAGAAUUCAGUGUCACUGUAAUUUAAACACUUCACUAAAUGAAUUCAGCAGAACAAAAUGAAAAUUAACCGCUAGCACGACCACAUGCCUCUUUAUAUCCCGUAUUCUUUAUCCUUUGGUUUAAAAAAAAACUAAAUAAAAGCUCUCUCUCUUUCUGUCUCUCUCUCUCCUCUCCACCUCUCUUUUUUUCCUCUCCGUCUCUCACUUUCUCUUCCUCUCUCUUUUCUAUCCCUCUCUCAAACUAUUUUCCUCUCCCUCUCUCUCUAUUUUCUCUCUCACCCUCUCUUUCUCUCACUAUUUUCUCUCUCACCCUCUCUCCCUCUGCUCCAUAAUGAAACCCAGCACUUCAGUGUUCAGCUCAUUACUUGGCGUUACGUUACAGGUUUAUACUUUAUCCACAGCUGCUUUAGAGAAGGUGGUGGUGAUUACACAGAAAAUGCAAGCCAACACCGUUAUACUCUAUAACGAAUGUAUAUAACAUGCUAAAGAUCAAUGCAAAUGAACAGAAGCAAUGCAGUCAUUCAUUUCUGUAAUUAUUAUUAUUAUUAUUAUUGCUCAUUAUAAUUUUAAUCACAAGUGAAAUACUUUUCAUUCUGUAUUUUUGUUCGAGUAAAUUGUUUGUUCUGUUAUUUCUGUAUUACAAUUAUUAACCUCUCGAAGCUAAAAAGAUGUCUCAGCUUAGAUUUCACCCCCCUCUAUGAGAAGCUGUCAUAGGAUAGAAGUCGGCAGGUGACCAAAAUAUCACACAGGCACUUACUACAUGGAUACUAAUAUUUUUUUAAAUGCACAUUUUUUCUAAACGUAGUCAUUCUCAAAGCUCUAUACUUGAUUGUAUGCACUGAAAUAAAAUCAUAAUACUGUGUCAGACUGGACUUCUGUAAGCCAUUAAUGCUUCCUGUAUGAUUUUACUGAUUGUAGAUAUAAAAGACUGAAAAUAAAACUGUAAAUUAA